AUGUUUAAGUUUAUCGUCGUUUGUGCCAUGAUAGCCAGUGCCGUGGCUUUGCCUGCCAGUGUAUUCAAAUCGCUACCUUUCAAAGCCUUAUACGACAGCAGCUCCGGCUUCGGCAGCAGUGGCGAUGAAGUUCAUGCCGACAUUAAAAAUUUCGUUUCCGAUGUUAAUGAUCAUGGCUUCCAAUAUGCCUACGACACCACCAAUAAUAUUCAUGCUGCCGCCUCUGGUGACGAACAUGGUGACCACAGGGGCGAUUUCUCUUGGAUUUCGCCCGAAGGUGAACACAUUGCCGUCCAAUAUGUGGCCGAUGAAAAUGGCUACCAACCCAGCAGUGCCUUGUUGCCCACACCACCACCAAUCCCAGAAGCUAUCUUGAAGGCCUUGGAAUAUAUUCGUACUCAUCCACCAAAGGAGGAACACAACACCUUCAACAACUUAUAUGGACUCAAGUCACAACUUGGCCGGUAA